CCUGUGAAGUCUACAUAACAGUGGAGGUUGUAAUUAAUAAAAGCGGUGGUAUAGAGUGUGGUAACCAUGACGCCGCCCUUACUACACUCCCGCCGUCAGCAGAACUUUGCCUCCACCGCCCGCCAUAUUUACUCAGCCCUCGUCCGUACGCGCCCUUUUGCUCCUCAGAACCGUGCGCCGCCACGCCGCCCACACCCACGCCUGGGAUAUGGGGUGACUGUGGGCGUGGCCUAGGGGUGCUCGUUUACCGCACUGUGGGGCUGUGGGCUGUGUUGGGCGUGGCCUAUGUCGUGGGCAUCGUGGCUGGACCAAUCGCAGGCCCCGCUGUGUCUUCUUCCCUCCUGGUCGCCGCCGUGACGUCACUACUUACAGGUUUCUGCUACGCUGAGCUCGUUACCUGGAACACCCAAUCAUCAGGACAGGUGUACACGGCCACCUACCAGCUAGUGGGGGAACUAGUAGCCUAUUUACUGGGGAUUAUCAACAUCCUCUUCACCGCCUCCUCCCUGGCCGCCGUCAGUAAGGCCCUGUCGGCGACCAUGGACUACCUGUGUGGAGGGAAGGUGGAGAGUUUUGUGGCCUCGCGUAUAGGUCGCCUCCCGGCCUCUCACCUUCCACCUGACUUCAUCGCCGCCGGGGCCUCCCUCUCCGUCGCCGUCAUCCUCGCCUUGGGUCUAGAGCAAGCCGGACUCCUGAGGGUGACAAUGAGCGUGACGACUGUGGGCGGGCUGGUGUUCUUCCUGAUCGUGGGCGGCCUCCAUACUGAAGACAACCCGGAGCAUAUCCACCACGCCCUCAACAUUGGGUCCUCUGAGUUGCUGGCUGGGGCGGCUGUGUGUAUGGCGGUGUACAGUGGUUUCUACGAGACGGGCCGACUGGUGAAGGUACAUAGGCGACCUCACCGUGCUUUACCUAUCGCCCUCUCCCUCGCCACUGGCCUCACUUUCCUCGCCUUAUUCGCCCUCGGCAUUGUCCUCACCCUCAUGACAGGGAAUGAGAUACUCCCGAAGGGCGCCCCACUCAUACAGGCCCUGGAGCGCCGUGAUGUUGGUUGGGCCAGACUCGUCCUCGGUUCCUCCCAGGUGGUGAUGUUGUGCCUGGCGCUGGUGGAAGCUGCCGAUCCACUCUCUAGACAGCUGGUAUCCUUAGCCACAGAUGGUCUCCUCCCGUCCACCCUCGCCCACCAGUGUUCCCGCACCUCUUCGCACGCCCACGCCCACCUGUUUGGAGGCUCCCUGGCUGCCCUCUUCGCUCUCUUGUUCAGUCACGUCCUCGUCCUGCAGGUGUUGGCUACAUGUGCUCUGUGCCUGAAUGUGGUGGUGGUGUUGACGGUCAUGUACCGCCGCCACAGGUGUUCUUAUGGUUCUCUGUGUUCUGUGGCAGCCACCGCCUCCUCCAGCACCCCGUACAGCUAUCAGCGUGUUGCUCCUCCACACUCCCGUCAGGAGAGAACCCUGCACUUCCUCAAGGAUGGGAUGCGGGUCCUGCCUCACAGAGUUCGAACUCAGAAGGAUAAGACCUCACCCUUCACCUCUCCGGACUCUGAGAGUGGUGUGAGCGGUCUGGGCCUCGACACCCGUGAUGUUGUUCCUCUGCUUGACAACUCUGAGGACCCUCACGCCUCACCUCUUGCCUCCCCUCUCACUGACACCCUUACCUCUCCCCUCCAUGAGCUUCAAGAGCAGGAUAAUAAUGUAGUGAGUCAACAGCAGCAGUUUCAGUGUGUCAGCCAGGAGACAGCUGUGUCAGAUACAGAGUCUGGUGCUUCAGGCUAUGGCACCGACACAGAAGUAGAGGAUGACAUUGAUGCAGCAGUGGCAGAGUAUCAGGAGAAGCUGAGGGUGGCCACACUGGACACAGGCAUUCCCCGCACCCCCACUCCAGCCUCGGCACGGAGAGCAUGUGUGGCCUUAUCAUUAUUACUGGUGACAGUGACGGUGGCAGCUUUGGUGGCUGUGUAUGGCUGGGAAGAUGGUCGGGAUCACCCGUUCCAGGUGGUGGUGUUGUCAACAUCCAUGUUGGCAACACUAGUAAUUGUGGGACUAAUGACCCGGCUACCUACACUCCGCCCCACCCAUUUGGCCUCCUUUAGGGUUCCUGUCGCUCCCUGGCUCCCUGCUGCUGCUCUGCUUCUUAAUGUCAUCCUCCUGGUGCAGGUGUUGAGACACUCUUGGAUCGUCCUCACACUUUACACCACAGCAGGCCUGGCAUGUUACUUCGCCUAUGGGAUUCGCCAUAGUGCUUUAGCCACGCAGGAGGUCAUGACUCAACGUGGUCCAGCCUCUGAGGUCAUUCAUCUGGAGCCUCUGAUGCCCCCAUCCUUCACUCCCACCCUUCUACAGGCAUCACCUCAACUACGCCAUGACCCCUUACGUCUCCCCUCAUAUCACCAGCACUUCACCAGACUCACGCAGGUUGAUACUGUCCUUAUCACCAGGUGAAGCAGUCACCAAAGAGCAGAUGAAACCAAGUUGUAAGAAAAUUCAGUCUCAUAGGCAGAAUCUUCAUGUACUGUACAGAAGACUUUUUAAGGUACUGAGUUGUGAUAGAUGGCCAAAGAAGUGAAUCUUAGCCAAUUAAUUUUAGGUUAGACCAUGGUCUUAACUUUAGCCCUUAGGCAGACUUAGUUUUCAGCCUUGAAUCAUGGUUAAAACGUAUUGGAAAACUUCAGUCUUGGCUUCAGUCUAUUGGUAGAUUCAAGUUUUAGUCUCAGUCUGUUGGUAGAAUCAAUACUUGGUCUUCUUCAGGAACCAUAAGAUGCCGAGCAUGGCAUAAUUGUACUGGUAGACUCAUGUCUUGGAUUUGACCUACAGUUGAAGUCAAGUCGUCAUCUCGACCCACUGGCAGGAUCAAGUCUUGGUCACGACUAACAAGUAGCCUUCAGUCUUGAUCUUAACUCGCUGGUAGAGUCAAGCCUUUGUCUUGGGUCAUGACACAGUGGGAUGCCAUCACCAAGUGCUUUACAUCUAAUCAAAUAACAGGUACAUCUCCAUAAGGUGUUCUCAGCAUCACCUCCAAGUGUCCACACAACAUGAUUCUCAGCCAAACUUCCAUUAUAACAUCAUUAAACCCACCUAAUAAUUCCUCAGACAAAACAAAGUACUAUACAGUACACUGUAUUUUUAAUAAUUUUCUAGAAUAUAAAACAGUUACAGUAUAUAAGAAAUAUUAAGAUAUACCAAACAUAGGAGAAAAAAGAAUGGGCAAACAUGAAUGUUAGAGAGUACUGAUGACAGUAUGUAAGUUGGACUUUUCCCACUCGAGCAGUUAUUGUCCCCUGCUAGGUAUCCAAACAGGACUUGGAAAUGCAAUAGUCCGUGUGUCUUCAAUCAUGCAUGUUUAUGUCUGGAUUGUGAAUGUAAUAACUUGACAACAAGUAAACCAAACUCUUAAUCUCUGGUGCAGUGCUACCUGUUAUGGGUCUCUUGGACGAGUAUGACAGUGACAAUUUCCCCUCCUUAGUUUAGUGAGGUAUGGCCUCCAUUGUCACCUGGUGCAGUUGUGGUCAUCAUUGUCUCUUGGGGCAGUUGUGGCCAUCAUUGUCUCCUGGCCCAGUUGUGUGUCCAGCGGAGGAACCUGAAUCUACUGGAUGUAUCUUGUUAAUAUAUGACUAAACAAUAAUAAACUUCCAUGAUGACUGUGUGUGCGUGUGUGCGUGCGUGCGUGCGUGGUAGCAAUAAGAUUAAGAGCUUGCAGUGAAAAAGGUACAACUUUACUUUAUCAAAAUAUAUAAUGGGUACAAACUAUAAGGCUUCCAGCUCCUGAAGUUACUGUACUGUAUGAGAUUGUCCAUUGGCAUUAUUAUUAUUAUUACUACUACCUAUCGUUAACAUUAUUAUAGUAUUACUUUCUAUUAUUAAUUAUUAUUAUUAGACUAAUACUAUAAAUAAUAUCGUGAGUAUCAGACUAGUCUACUGUGUCGCCCAAAUGGAGAUAAACAAAUUUAAAAACUAGCGGCAAAACACACGAGGGCGGUAAAUAGCCGUUGAUGCAGUGUACAUCACCCAAACACACGAGGGCGGUAAAUAGCCGUUGGUGCAGUGUACAUCACCCAAGGCCUCCCUCGUCUCUUCACCGACACACCCGUCAGUUAUAUCUGCUGUAAUGGAUGACCCCAAAGCACUGGUAUAUAAUGGGGAUAUAUCUUAGUUAUUUAUCUUAGUACAUCAUGUGAUAUUUUCUCUUAUUGUAUGUUCCUUUGGUACUGUAUGUGAUGAGAUACAGUAUCAUAUUUAUUCAUUGUUGUACCUUAUGCAAUACAGUGUAAAAGGAGGGGGAAGGAGGGGGGGGUUGUCUCAGAUUUUGGAAGGUGAGGAGGAGAUAUUGUUCUUUAAAAUGUUCGUAGUAUUUUGUUUUUAAUGGUUGAUUACAAACACUGGUAGGUGACAGGGAAUCCCUUUAUCAUUCUUCCUUGUAAGUCGCGUAAUAAUUUGUGUUGACGUAGCAUCACAAACACUCUUACGUGAUUUGAAUUCUUUUGUUGUAUUUUUUCGUGUGUUGUAUAAUACACUAGUAAUGCAUGACCACAAACACUUAGUAGACGAUGAGAAUACCUUAGCAUGUAUUUCCUCAAACCUUAUGUUGCAUUUUGUGUUACUAAACCACCACAAGCAUCACACCAUAUAGAAUACAGUAACCUAAGUCUUUGUUCCUUCCAGAGUACAAUGUUGUUAUUUUACUGUACUUUUCUUUACCCCUCGAUUGCUGUAUGUUGGUAAAGUCAUGCGUUACUUUGAUUUCUUUAUCUACGCACUCCUAGUAGUACACUAUAGUAUAUUAGUUUGUUGACAGUUUGAUUAGGAAAUAACAUGUUGGUGAUGUGUGAUGCAACGUUCAGUGCGUCCUGUCAUGUAUAAAACCUUAUUUACUUUCUUUAGUUUAUCCUCUGCCACAAGUUAACUUAUUUAUGGUUGUCUCUGUUCUAAUUACAUAAAGAGUUUCCUGAAUAAUGGUAGAAAUCACAUUUUCGGAACUAAUCUAGUCGUGAUGCUUGUCGUAAAAGUUAAGCUUGGUAUCGGAGGAACAAGAUGAGUUAUUGUGUCGAGUUAAUGGCUGGUGAUGGUUUGUGAAUAUAAUUUUAAGAGUUUAUGUUUAAAGUUGGAUAAUUUACAGUAAUUAAAAAUAUGUAGGUUUCAAGGACUUUAUUGAAAAUGUCAGCAUAUUAAAGUUUAGUUAGAAAAUUCUGUCCAAUAAUUAUACUAAGUUUACACAAAGAGUUUUGGGUUAUAAUUUACUUGUCCAGUCAUGCAUUUUUGUUAGUCUUAAGUUUACUUUUAAUUGCCCUGAACUACGUAUACUGCUUGUGCAUUAUCUUUUAACCCUUACUAUUUAUCUAAGUACAGUAAACAGAAAGUUCGCUGAAUAAUUUAACAUUUCAGACCAUACACCGUACAGUGUGUCCUGUAGGAGUACUGUACUGUAGUUAUGUAUCAUUAGCAAGUUGUUUAUACAGUAUAGUAACACAACACUGCAGGCCUUUCAUCUCAUCUGAUGUCUACAGGAAGUGAAAUAUUAGACUGGCAACAGUACUUAGUAAACAUAAGAAUGCCAUAGCCUUAACUUAUAAUUCUUUCAGAGGAUUAUAUGCAAUUAUGGGUAAGAUUGAUGAAACUUUACCUGCCAAAGCCCAGUUUUGCUACAUACAGGUGAGAACUACUUGAACUAUGGGUUACCUGAGCCAAAGGCUACCUCAAGCUGACCCUCACACACCACAGUCCUUGUCGGGAAAAUCAAACGCUACUCAAAGAGGUACAAAUGUGUGAGUUGUUCAAGUUUUUGUAGCUGUAGGUGGAGUUCUUGUCCUUCAUACCACAGUGUUAACUUGUAAUAACAUCUUAUUGUAAGUUUCCUUGAGGUUUAAUGCAGGUUAACAUGUGUAGAAUCUACCUGAGAUAUCUCUGUUAAGAAGUUACCUUUGUUAAUACAUUUAAUUGUGAAUAUAAGCUUAACUAGUUCAUAGUAAUGCAAGUAUAAUAAGAAUCAACAUUUAACACUGGUGGAUAAUGUCUAGUGUUUUGUACAGUUUAUAUAUACUGAGUAUAUAAAGGUGAUAUGUCUUCAUGCUAUUCAUGGCUGGUUUGGCUUUUGUAUCACUUGGGGAGAUCUUAGAAGUGAGAAUGGAUAGAUUAUCACCAAAUUGAGAAGAUAUUCCAGACUGGGUGAUUCACUUGCUAGUAGCCCCAGAGUAUUGCUAAUAUAUUCAUUAUUUGUUAUACCUGUAUUACCAUAGUCUUUUGUGUAAUUUAAGUUUUCCCCUCUUGUAUAUCUCAUAAAUUGGGCUGCAUUAGUGAAACUCCCGGGCUACCAGCGAGUGACUCACCCUGCACUGUAUUGUACUAGAAAAUAGUUUUAUUUAUUCAUGAGUAUUUCUGAUGCCUUGUUCCUCCAGAUGUGAGAAUUGGCUACCUGUUCAACCUUGUCUUCUGUUAACAGUAUACCUGAUGCCUCUUUUGUCCAUUGUAUAGAAUAGUGUCCUUUGGUAAGCCAUCCUCAGGCUAUUGGAAAACCACAUGUCGUCAAUCAAACAAUUUUAGAACAGGUCAUGUGUGAUCAUUGGGGUCCUCCUCCUUCACCAUGAUUGAUCUUUCAGAGGGAGAGUUUCCUCAAUAUAAUCAGUGCUGUACAGUUGCAAGCAAAAGUCCUGUUGCCUCUUCUUCUCCUCCAUGAAGCCCAAGAUUUAGACUGGUGAAUAUAAAGUAUUUAUGGACAGAAUAAUGCAUCAGUUUUUCCUGGUUCACGAUCACGAGUCUGAAUCCUGGGGGUUUGUGGAGGAGCAGAAGAGGCGACAGAACUUCUAUUCAUGAUUGUACAUACAGUAGUGGCCAAAUUUUAGAUGAAAAUUUAAAGCAAAUAUUUUUACAAUUCUGCAUUACACUGAAUAAUGUACAGUAUAGUAUUGUACAGUACUGCAUUCAGGUUUCAAUGGGUUUUAAGAGGUAAUGCAAACCUCUUGUGAUGAGUCUUUCAGCACCUUCUUCAGAGGUAAUGUACAGUGACAAGACCCUACUUUACCCUGGCAGCUCAUUUUAGUUGCUUGUUAUGACACACAGGGAAUAUAGAGGAUUUAACUCCCAAAGCUUAUGCAGUGAAAUUCUUUUUUUAAUUUUCAUAACACUUUAGGUCAGGAACUAAAACUCUUAUUAAUAAAGAGAAACUUCUUGUUGAAUACAGCUUUGAUGCCCACUGGUGACCUCUUGAGCUGGGUGCAAGAGAAAGAAUUAAGUCAUGUACUGUACAGAAAAGACAAACAAAUGUACAUAAUCAGAUACCCGGUAAAUGUUUCUGAAAGUUAGUGAAUGCAGUACAGUACAGGUAUAGUACAGUACCAUGAAAACAACUAAACCUUAUACUGUACUGUAACACCACAAAUACAUAGCAGUAUACUGCAUAGUCUUGUUUCAGAGGGAAGUCAUAAUUUGGGUAAUUUUAAAUACAGUAGAAUUCAUGAAUAAAUUUGAAAAUCAGUUUCUGAAUGAUGAUGCAAACAAACCAGGGUCAGUAAAGAGGGCUCUGGCUGUCACCAGGUCAGGUCAGUAUCUCACCUGACUAAAGUUUUCAUGGUUAUUCAUUCCAGUUAUGCUCUACUCUGUACAGUACUGUAUACUAUAUGUACAGUGUACUGUAUAUGAGCUUGUACACUCUACAGCCUCACUCAUCCUUGUUUACCAGAAAGGUUGUUAGUAAUCAUCAGAACUGCACUGAAAUAGAAGUGUUUAUCCAUCAAUGUUUGUUUAUCUACCAGCUUGACAUUCACAUUACCAUGAAUGCUCUCGUGUACAUCUGUCCUGGUUAUCUGACAAAAUAUUUAUCGUCCAGUUUUGACAUUCCAUUAUAGGGUUAAGGAGGCUUAACACUGUAUUGUGUUGUAGUGUACAAAGGUUAUUAUAAACUGAAAUUGUUACUGCAGACUUUAAUUAUUAAAAGUUUAU